UGAUAGGGGCCCCUGAAGGUAGGCACCCCAGGGAUGUGGUGGUAGGGGCCCCUGAAGGUAGGCACCCCAGGGCUGUGGUGGUAGGGGCCUCUGAAGGUAAUUAUCCCAGCAUCACGCUCAUGGGGCCCCCUAGUACCUCUUGGGCAUCACUGCUGAGUUUCUGCUUUAUAGAGACUUCCUGCCGGCCAGCGCUGCUCCAUAGUGACCACAGCGUAGUUAAGCCUUCAUCAGAGCCUGUAACCUCACCAAACCUAACCUGCUCAUGUGGACCAUGGAGCACAGAGCAGGCCACUGAGGUCGCGUGUGACUGGCAUCCCUGAGCCGUCUUCGGCCCCAGCUCUGCAGCCCUCUGAUUUGGGGGGGGGGAGGGGGGGGCUUGUACUGUUCCUAUAGAGCAGUGUUUCCCAACCCGGUCCUCAAAACCCCCAGUAAGUCCAUAUUUUUGCUCACCUGUACGCAGUAUUCUGUGUUCAGAUUGUUUGGUACAGGUGUCAAGUUUUCCUCAAGGACUGGGUACAGAAACACUGCCGUAUGCAGAGCCAUGACUUUGAGUGUGGGGGCUUCAGUGGAGGUGAAAACCCAAGAUGGGGUGUAUCAGGAAGCCACCAUCACCAAGCUGACGGAUGCCAGCCUCUACACCGUAGUGUUUGACGACGGCGAUGAGAAGACCCUGAGGCGAUCAUCCCUGUGCCUAAAAGGAGCGAGGCACUUUGCGGAGAGCGAGACGCUGGACCAGCUCCCCCUCACCAACCCCGAGCACUUUGGCACGCCGGUCAUCGGAAAGAAGGGCAGCCGUGGCAGGCGCUCCAAUCAAGUCCAAGAAGAGGAGCUGUCUUCAUCCUCCAGCGAGGAGGAGGAGGCAGAGCGGCCGGUGAACGACGAGCUGCUAGGAAAGGUGGUGAGCGUGGACUGCGUCGCCCCCGGCGACAAAAAGAAGAGUGCAUGGUACCCAGCGCUGGUCAUUUCGCCCGACUGCAGCGAGGAACUGACGAUGAAAAAGGACACAGUCCUCGUCCGCUCCUUCAAGGACGGGAAAUUCUACACUGUGUUACGGAAGGAUGUCCAGGAGCUGGAUGACGAGACUCCCCCUGAAGCAGAGCCUGGACUCAAGGCAGCACUGGAAGGGGCUUUGGAUUUUCUCCGGAGUGGACUGGUGCCCGCCUCCUGGAGAAUGGAAGUGAAGGAGGACACCUCCAGCAGUGAGGAGGAGGAUGUGGAUGAGGAAGAGGCUCAGGAGGAGGAUGCCAGCAGCGAGGAGGAGGAGGUGCUGUGGGAGGAAGUGGAGCCUUUUCCUGAGGAAAAAGACAACUUCCUGCAGCAGCUUUACAAGUUCAUGGAGGACAGAGGAACCCCCAUCAACAAGCGGCCAGUACUGGGCUACAGGAACCUCAACCUGUUCAAGCUCUACAGGCUGGUGCACAAACUCGGGGGCUUUGACAGCAUCGACAGCGGCUCUGUCUGGAAGCAGGUGUACCAGGACCUGGGGAUCCCUGUGCUCAACUCGGCCGCCGGCUACAAUGUGAAAUGUGCCUACAGGAAGUAUCUCUAUGGCUUUGAGGAAUACUGCUCCUCAUCUGGGAUCUCCUUCAAGAUGGACCUCCCUCAAAAGCCAGUUGAAAAGCAGAGCCACAAGACGGACGGGGUAAAGGCCGAGAUGGACGGAACGGGCUCUUCAGAUGCCCCCCCGACCCCCAGGCCCCCCAGCCCCCGGCCCCCGGUGGAGCCGAGCCCUUGUGAGGAGGAGCGGCCACAAGUCACACAGCCUGUUGGCUGCAAGGAGGAGAAGACCACGAGUGCCAGCGGGCCGGGCGACAAUGAGCCAGCGGCCCUCAGUCCAGAGAAGGAGGAGGAGGAGCAGGAAGAAGAGGAGGAGGGCAAGGACUCUGUGAGGAAGGAUGAUGGACACGGGGACUGUGGUCCAGGAAUGGAAGAUGUGAAGCUGGAGGAACAUGGCGAACAGGAGACACAAGAGAAACAGGGGGAUGACAGCAGCCAGGAGGGGGAAGGGGAGGAGUUUGAGUGUUACCCCCCAGGGAUGAAGGUGCAGGUGAGGUAUGGUCGGGGCCGCAAUCUGAAGACAUACGAUGCCACUGUGAAAGAGUCGGACCUGGAAGGGGGAGAGGUGCUCUACCUGGUGCACUACUGCGGCUGGAACGUCAGGUAUGAUGAGUGGGUGAAAGCGGACAAGAUUGUGCGGCCGUCCAACAAGAACGUGAAGAAAGUGAAGUACCGCAAGAAAAUAAAGAACAAAACGGAAAGAGAGAAAGAGAAGACCGACAGACUGCUGGAUGGGGAAGAGGCCCCUCCCCUGGUGAACAGCCGGCCCCACCGCUUGGCCAAGCCCCCCCCUCAUGAUGGCAAAUCUCUGGAGCAGCCUCUGUCUAAGCCCGUGGAGAUCACGUCCAUCCUCAACGGCCUGCGAGCAUCCGAAAGCUCAACUGAGGAGGAGAGUGAACACGAGUACGACGACUGUGAGAAUGAAGAAGAUGAGAGUCCGGGGGCCCCUGAUGAGGGGCUGUGUGUGGGAGAGCGCUGGGAGGGAGGGCCCCCACUAGAGGGCGGCCAGAACUCUAUGGUGGAGAGAGAGCAGACUUUGGGCUGCCAGGACUGUGCUGAGAGCGGCAGGCACAAGAGUGAGCCGGAGACUGUGGGGGAGUUGGGCGCCCGAAAGAGGAGGGCAGAGGGCCAAGGUGAGCGGGUAAAAGGGGCAUGUAAAAGUAAGCCCAGGGCUGCCGGCGCCUGCAGAAACGCGGACUGGCCACUCAGCAGCUCCCCCAAGAGGCCGGAGGACAGAAGCGCAGUUCCUCGCAAAGAGGGGAGCCUCACAUCCAGCAGCAGUUCGGAGGAUGAGGAUGAGGAGGAUGGCCCCAGGGAGUCGCGAGAGACUGGGGAGCAGCAUCAGACCAGAAGCAAACGGCCCCAUGACAAGCGGAAAAAUGGGCUAAAGGAGAAGGCAAAGGCAGCGCGGCCCACGGGCUUCUGGGAGGCGUCAGAGAAGAGACCCAAACUGAGUGUGACUGCAGAGGAAAGACUGACGGGCGGCACACGGCCCAAAGGUCACAAGGACGUCUGGUCCAGCAUCCAGGAACAGUGGCCCAAGAAGACACUGAAGGAGCUGUUCUCAGACUCGGACACUGAGGCCGCAGGCUCACCGGCGCCAGCCAUGCUGGGCUGCGAGGAGCCCGGAGCCGAGCCGGGGCUGGAGGACAUGGAGGCGGAUGCUGCUGUGGCCCCGGAUGAGCCAGAGCCCGAGAAGCCCUGCGAGUUCCCUGGCAGUGGCAGCAACUCAGUGCUGAACACACCGCCCACCACACCUGAGUCUCCCCAUGAGGUCUCGGGCACUGCUGAUGUGGACCCCCCCACACAGCCAGAGACCCCCGCCUCCCCGCCGUGCCCCUCCCCUCCCCAGGCCUUGCCCCCUCCCCCACCAUUGCCCCCUCCCCCUGCCCCGCCCUCCCCCUCUGGCCCCGCCCCUGAGGAGAGUAGUGGCGGCCGCAGCGAGACAGAUAGCAGUACGGUGGAGGUGGAGAGCCUUGCGGGGGAGGUGCCAGAGCUGGCCCAGGAGGAAAGGGCCAGCUCCCCUCCGGGGGCUUUCGACGUGGGCCUCUCCUCCACCGCCUCCUCUUCCUCCUCCUCUUCCUCCUCGAGCAGCAGUAACUGCAGCCUGGCCCUGAGCAGCAGCGGGCAGCUGGAGAGUGAGCAGGUGGCCAGAGCUGCAGUGACCCACAAGCGCCUGCGGGAGGCGCCAGCAGGCACUGCUCCCAAGAAAUCCAAGCGGAGUCAUAGGAGCGCGGGUGUGCAACCCAAAAAGAGCCGGAAAGCAGCACACAGCAGUGACAGUGAAGACCAGGCCCCCGGCGACAGCGCUUCCAAAUCCCCAGCCUCCAAGCCUGCUGCAGCCGCCCUGAAGCCAGCUGUCAGGGCCCCCCCUAGUGGCCACAGAUACCACCGGCCCGCGGACUCGGACCAGCAGCAGCACGGCCGUUCCACCCGCGUGUACAAGUGGAGCUUUCAGAUGACCGAGCUGGAGAAGUUGAGCAGCCUGGAGAGGAUCACCUUCCUGCAGGAGAAGCUGCAGGACAUCCGGAACCACUACCUGGCCCUGAAGUCCGAGGUGGCCUCCAUAGACCGGAGGAGGAAGCGGCUCAAGAAGAAGGAGCGAGAAAGUGCAGUGGCCACCUCGUCCUCGUCCUCGUCCUCGUCCUCGUCCCCCUCGUCCAGCUCGCUGACGGCAGCGGUCCUGCUGACUCUGCCGGAGCCCAUGACAGGCUCCCCACAGGGCCCAGGGCUGUCGGUGGAGUGCAGGUGACAGGAUGCCAGGGGGAGCCCGCUUUGCACUCUGCACUUACAGACAGACUCGCCCCCCCCCAAACUCCAUGACCAGGACGAGUCUGAUGAAUGACUGAGGCACAAGACUACGGGGGGAAACACUGUCUCCGCUAGGCGAGGAGGUCUGUUCCUCUGUUGCUCUGUUCCUCUGUUUCUCUAUUGACAACUGUUUUCUUGGGAAGCAAACACUGCACUGAAGUGCACUUUUAUCAGCUGGGGAGGUGGGAGGGGUUAACUAUACAUUUGGCAUUUCUGUUAACGUUAUGGUUCUUAAAAUUUAUUUUCUUCAAGCAAUAAUUGUUUUGUGUGCAUUUUUACGCAUAUAUGUCAGAGUGUGUGUGUGUGUGUGUGUGUGUGUGUGUGUGAGCACAGAGCGAUGACAGAAUGUAGACACAUAAGGUAGGAGGACCUUGUGAUAAGAAUGAGACGAUCAUGUGACCAGCGUGGUCAUUUAUUAACAUUUCAGUAAUGACAAUAAGGAACUCCGGCCGUACAUCCUGAGUGGGUUCAUAUUUAGCCAGUAGUGGUAUUUACCACCACUCCAGCUCCUGAGGGCCCCUGUUGGCCACAAAUUGUUACUACACUAAGUAUUAAAUAAAUGUGUUCCUUAUUUAGGCAGUGGGGGCCGGCCCGAAGUGAGGCAGGGUCCAAAAACAACAGCAUCCUCUCCUGUUUUGGGUGCCCUGUGCUAUGUGACCUGAAAGCUGGCAGAAAGGCAUUGUGGGAAUGUACCAUGAGUGUUCUGAGGACUUUGGUUAUUUCUGUGAGUACUUAACAUUGACUACACAUUGACCUCAUCAUUGAAAUACGUGGUAGGUUAAAGGGAAUCAUAAAGUACCAAUAUAAAAUAUUUCAUUUUCUUUCUCUAAUCAAAACCAGAAGAAAUAUUCUGAAGUUUACAUUUAUAAAGAUUGUGGACUGCGGUGUUAAGAAUGUUCGAAAGCUAUUUUAUUUGUGAUUUAAAUGUGUUCAACUACUGAUUGAUACCAAAUAGUUAAUAUGGCAGUAAUUUAAGUGCAAUGCUUAAAAAGCCCAACCUGGGUAAGGCAGCCGAUGGUUCUGUGAAGGUGGGAGAAUGUGCGUGUACUUGACUGUGACGCAGGAGGCAUUUUGGGGGAAUGUCUGUAAGCUGUCCGUUACUUUUUUUCAUUCGGAGUACUGUGCAUCCCAAACACUUGAAGAGUGCUGCCAUCUACUGGCUCUGGACUGCUACUACAGAAAACCAACUCUCAGUAAUGUCGCCGUACUUUCAUGUAUACAUUGAUUUGCACCGUCUUUCACUUACCUUCUUUCACCAGGGUUUGCGAUUGGAAUUUAACGUAACUGACAGUGUUAUUUUUAAGCAGACCCUCGUAAGGUCUGAUGGAGUCAGCCCCACCCUUUAUAAAGUAAUCCACCUUGCUUUAAGGUUUAUAUAUACUGUAUAUUAUCCAGGCAACUUACAUAACGGUAAACACGCACUUAUGAUAUGUGUACGUAUAAAUGUAUCCUUCUCAUGGACUUCUUGGGAGAGAACCCGAUGACCUGUUCUCUUUGGCACCCGUCUGUAAUCGUAUACCUUUGUAAUACGUUUGUAUAUUGAGAAGUGUGUUUCAAGUCAAACUAUUUAAUAUCUUGCACACUGUUAAUAUGUUGAACUUUUCUGUCUGGACUUUUACCGUUUUACUGUAGUUUUGUGUACAUCCCCCAGUGUAAAUGCAUGUUGUUUAUUUGUUGUCAUUGUGUGAAAGUUUCAUUAAGUGUGUGGGUGUGUUUUUUUUCUUUUUUUUAACCCUUGUUCCGUUUUAAAAUACUUUUUUUUGGAAUGUCAGCUUUGUAUCAAAUAGCUUGUGCUCAUAUUCGAAACAUUUUUAAGAUGGUUUCAAUAAGUAUUUUCCAAGUUGUAUAUGGGUUGUAAAGUUUUAUGGAUCUUUGCAAAAAAUCAAAUGCUCUUGGAGAGACAAAGGGGGCAUGAAGCUUAUAAGGAAACUGUAAAGUAUUUAUUAGAUUCUUCAGAGGGAUCUUGUGUAAUUUAUUGUACAGAUGUAAGCGAAAUAUGCCUCUGUUGGAAAUAAAUGCCAUAGUUUGUGA